GCUGCUUUGGCUUACCAAGGUUAGUCCUCUUAUUCUCGUAUAGAUACCUGGGUUCUAUAGGCAACACUGGUGCUGGAGCCGGGUACCUUGUGUUGGUCACUGGGUUACCAAACUAGCCUGGCCUUUGUAUCAAUUAGUUGGUGAAUUCGAGCAAAUCAAGUGCAUAUAUUGCUCCAAUAAUAUGUGAAGAUGAUGGAGGUUGUGUGAUAAAAGAAGAUCAUACGGUUAUUGCACAAAAGAGGUGUCUCAUAUCGGUGAUUCAGCAGCUAGCUCUCGAUUUUGGGGCAAUCAAGAGGUGAAAUUGCGAAGAACAUGAGUACCACAACUGCCAAGGGAAAAGGAGAACCUCAAAAUGCAAAUGAUGCACCACUCGAUGUUCAGCCCUUAACAAUAGCGUAUCCGGGGGAACCAGUGGUCUGCACACCAAGACCCAUCGUGUCGCAUCCUGCAUAUAAUGGUGGAUGGAAGGUUCUCCGCCACAUCAGGCCAAAUGGAAGAUCUGAUUUCACAUUCAUUCAUCAAACCCAUGGCAAAUUCCGCUCCAAAAAACAAGUUCUUAAUCAUCUGAAUUGUCUGUUGAGGGGAAAGGGGAAGGAUUCAGCAGAUGAGGCUAAGCAGGGUUGUGGCGCUAAUCAGCAAGCUCAAGGAAUGGGUGGUGCUCCAUCAAGUGCUAGUCUUCUAUUGGCUGAAGGAAAACCUCCUACAGUGACGAUGAUGAAUCAACCAGCUGAAUAAAGUUGCGCUACAUCUGCUAGUAAUUCAGUCAGCGGAAUGAGCAAUGAAUCAUGCUGAAGGAAGUUGUGCUAGCUGUAUCUUCUAGCUAUUCAAUCAGUGGAAUUGGUGGUACCUAGACUAUUAAAAAACAAUGUUAACUCAUUUAAUUUUAAGGACCCAACAGUAAGAUUUGUUAUGUUGAUGUGUGUACUAGCAUAUAUAUUCCCAGUAUUGUUGCUGCUUCUCACAAUGUUGUUGACGCUCUAAAUGCUAGUAAUAUUGCACCACAAUUAA